GGCUCGGUGGUGUCCUUAGAGAACCGAGACAAGACCACGGCAGCAGGGCCCCCGGAGAAGCCAGGAUGCCGGCUAAGGGGAAGGACAAAAAGAAAGGGAAGGGCAAAGACAAAGGCAAAGAUAAAGACAAGAAGAAGAAGUAAGGGGAAGCCACGCGGGGGUCCCUGCUCCAGGGCCUGCCCUCCGGGGAUUCUCAGGCGCCGGCCAACUGGCGCCCUUUUCCCGCUCCCCUAUCGGACCCUCCCCUCGCUCUCCCAGACUCUGAGAAGGACGGCUCCGAUGCUCAGAAAUCCCCCAAAGGCAUGCCAUACCCCCUACUGCUCCAACUAAGACCGGAGUGUUGAGAUUUGGGACCCUGAAAUCUUUGACACAGCCCCUGCCUAUGUGGAGUGUACUAACGAGGAGGCAGAUAAGUUCCCCAAGAACAGAAGUAACAUAGGACCGAACUGACUCAUUUGAAAAGACCCUGAUGCUGGGAAACGUUGAAGGCGGGAGAAGGGGACGACAGAGGAUGAGAUGGCUGGAUGCAUCACCGACUCAAUGGCCAUGAGUUUGAGUUAACUCCGGGAGUCGGUGAUGGACAGGGGGGCCUGGCGUGCUGCAGUCCAUGGGGUCGCAGAGUCGGACACGACUGAGCGACUGAACUGACUGACUGACUGACUGAGGACCGAAUGAAAUAAGUGCUCGUGGAGGGGAAAAGAACUAAAAGUGAGGAGGAAGGGAAGAUCAUAAAACUUGAGGAAUCUGUUGUGGAGAGAGCCAAGGCCAAUGCCUCCCUUUGGGAGGCCAGGCUGGAAGUCACAGAACUCUCUAGGAUUGAGUAUCGUGAUACUUCCCGGAGACUGGCAAGAUGUAAUGAAGAGUUAAAGAGACAGCAGUAUAAAAUGGAGAAAGACACAAUGUCUGUAUUGAACCAUCUGAAGAAGCAGGAUCAGGAGAAAGAUAAUCUGAUUGAAAAACUGAAACAGCAAUUGAAUGAAACAAAGGAAAAAGCCCAAGAGGAGAAGGAAAAAUUGGAACAAAAAUUUACUAUGCAAGUAAGUGAGCUGGAGGGACAGUUCCAUCAAAAGGCCAAAGAAAUUGGCAUGGUUCAGACAGAGCUCAAAACAAUAAAACAAUUCCAGAAGAGAAAAAUCCAAGUGGAGAAAGAAUUAGAUGAUCUAAAGGAGGAUUUAAGGAACACAGAGCGGAAACAUCAGGAGACUCUUAGAAGACUGGAAGGCAAGUUUUUUGAAGAAAAGCAUAGACUAGAAAAAGAGGCUGAAAAGAAGAUAAUAAUGCUGGCAGACAGAGCCCACCAUGAAGCUGUCGUGCAAUUGAACAAUGCUGGAAGAAGUGUUUUUAAAGAGAAUAUUUAUCUCCAGAAAGCUCUCGCAUACCAUCUGAAGGAAGCUGAUGCUCUACAAAAAAACUCCCAGAAGUUGCAAGAGACUCAGACCUUCCUUUUAGAGCAAAAGGAGAUCAAUGAUCUGUUGGUUAAAGAAAAGAUAAUGCAACUUACCCAGCAGAGAUUACAAAUCCAAACUCUUCAGAAGAAGGUAGUAAGCCUGGAGAAUGCCCUGGUUUGCAUGACCAAAGAGUUUGAGACUGAAGUUUUAAAACUGCAGCAACAGGCAAUGGUAGAGAACCAAGCAGGUCAGGUUGAAAUUUUCAAGCUGCAGCAACUUCUUCAGAUGAAGGACAAGGAAAUGAAUCGAAUAAAGAAGCUGGCCAAGAACAUACUAGAUGAGAGAACAGAAGUGGAAAGAUUCUUUUUAGAUGCUCUACACCAAGUAAAGAAACAGAUCCUAUUUAGCAGAAAGCAUUAUAAACAGGUAGCACAAACUGCCUUCAAUCUUAAAAUGAGAGAGGCAUGUGCAGGAAGAAUGGAAUAUCCCAAAAUCCGAACGUUUGAUGGCAGAGAACACAGCACCAAUAGCGUGAAUCAGGAUCUUAUGGAGGCUGAUAAAUGGACAGAUAUUCAAGGAAAUGUGGAUAUUGGAGAUUUGACCUGGGAGCAGAAGGAGAAAGUCUUGAGACUGCUCUUUGCAAAAAUGAACGGCUUUGUUCCCAGGAAAUACAGCCAGAGUUCUAGACCUCCAGUUCCAGACUAUGUUGUUCCUGACGAUGAAACAACAGAGUUUGGGGAUGAAAGUAAGCUUCAAGAUCAAACGUUCAUCACCCAACAAGUGCCAAUCUUAAACUCUACUGGUGAACUGUUGAUACGCAAUAUUCAGAAAGGAUCCCAAGAGUCUGACACAGUAAGGAGCUAUAAUGUAACCAAACAAUACAUGUAACUGUUCCUCUUCCUCAUGCAGCUUCUUCUAAGUCACAGUUCUUUUCUCUACUAGCCAGUUCUCAGGGAUCAGUGAAACGAGUAAUAACAUUAGUAUGAGAUUGUGGACCUUUUUUUUUUUCUGGAUUGUGGACAUUUUAAUAACAAUGUCCAUAUUAAGGAAAGCAUAUAUUUAACACAAAUGCAUAUUUGUGUUUUUAGUGUGGAAAACCUGUAAGUUGCCUUUUGAAAUAUAUAGCCCAGCUAAAAUAUGUACUAUCAUUUAUGUAAGAAUAAACAUAAUGACCA